GCCAUUUAAUAUAUCUCCCAGCUAUAUCCACAUCUAUAUAUCUUGCAUACAUAAACCUUGGUUUGUAUCCAGACACAUAAAAGAACUUUCUACUUUUUUCCUAAGAAAACCCCAUUUACGAUAUUCUUCACAAAAAUGGGUACUAGGAAGAAUAAUAGGAUAAGUGCGUUUUUGGCUUCAGCAUUGUUACUAUGUUUGGUUGUAGUAACAAGGAUAGGAGGAGGGGAAGCUGCUUCCCAAGUUCCAGGUUUAUUUAUAUUUGGAGAUUCAUUGCUUGAUAAUGGGAAUAACAAUAACAUCAAUUCCCUGGCUAAGGCUAACUACCUUCCCUACGGCAUUGACUUUCCCGGCGGCCCUACCGGACGGUUCUCCAAUGGCAAAACCGCCGUUGACGCUAUUGCUCAACUUUUGGGUUUCGACAACUUCAUCCCGUCUUAUGCAACGGCGUCGGGUCAACAAAUUCUCAAAGGAGUCAACUAUGCUUCUGCCGCUGCCGGAAUCAGAGAAGAGACCGGCAGACAAUUGGGUGGAAGGACAGCUUUUGCCGGACAGGUAAAUAACUACAAAAACACUGUACAGCAAAUCGUUCAACUCUUGGGGGAUGAGACUUCGGCAGCCAACUAUUUGAGCAAAUGCAUUUACAUUGUUGGGAUGGGCAGUAAUGACUAUCUUAACAACUAUUUCCAACCUCUUUUCUACUCUUCCAGCCGUCAAUUUACUCCUCAGCAAUAUGCUGAUGUUCUCAUCCAACAAUACGCUCAACAAAUUACUACUUUGUACUCCUUGGGAGCAAGGAAGAUUGCUCUAUUUGGGCUAGGCCAAAUUGGUUGCACCCCAAAUGCUCUGGCCCAGAACAGCCCUGAUGGUAGAACUUGUGUACAAAGAAUCAAUGAUGCAAAUCAGUUGUUCAACAACAACCUCAGGAAACUCGUAGAUUCCUACAAUAGAAACAAUAGCGGUGCAAAGUUCAUUUACAUCAAUGCUUAUGGAAUCUUCAAUGAUCUCAUUACCAACCCGUCAAAUUAUGGUUUUACGGUGACGAACGUCGGAUGUUGCGGAGUCGGGAGAAACAGAGGUCUAAUAACGUGUCUUCCCCUACAAAGACCGUGCCUCAACAGAGAUCAACACGUGUUCUGGGACGCCUUUCAUCCAGGCGAUGCCGCUAAUACCAUUUUUGGAAGGAGAGCUUAUAGUGCUCAAACACCCUCAGACGCCUACCCUUAUGAUAUCAGCCGUCUUGCUAGAAUGUGAAAGAGUUUCAUCAUAUAUCAUAUUAAUUAAAGAGAAUUUAAAAUUGCUUGGGGCUAAAAAGUUUAAAUCAGUCAUUCCGAGCAAAGUUGAAUUUUGCAUUGUGUUCAAUGUAUCACUAAGAUUAAUUUAAGUUUCAAUGUUUGUCUUGAAAUUCAUGAAUGCAAUACACAAACACUUAUCUCUUAUAUAUUUGGAAUUAAAUAAUACAUUAUUUCUUGUUUGGAACCGAUUGCUU